AUGACGUCAAUAUCAUCAUACUAUGGUUUAACUCCAGAGAAUCCAGGAAAUUUUGUUGAUCCAGACCUUGAAAAGACUCUGUUAAAGCGUAUACGAGAAUUAUUAGGUUGGCGAUCGGAAAGUUUUCCCGGAAGCCAACCAGUCAGCUUCGAAGCGUCACAUUUCAGCUAUCUAGAAAACGAAGAUUAUUUUGUAUGCGAGAAAAGCGAUGGUGUACGAUAUAUAAUGUUUACUACCUUUAAUCACAAAGGACCCAAUACAUUUGUGCUCGAUCGAAAAAACCGAAUUCGUAGCAUUACAAACUUGAAAUUACCUUGCAAAGAGCAUGGUAAAUAUCACAAUGAAACCAUGAUGGAUGGGGAACUGGUGUUAGAUAUUGAUGGGGAUAAGAAAAAACUCCGGUUUUUAGUGUUUGAUUUAAUGGUCAUCAACGGCGUCUCUGUAACAAACAAACCUUAUAGCAACCGAUUAGGAGUGUUUCAACAAGAUGUGCGAGGUCCUCUUGCAAAGAUGUUAGAAGAUCGAGAACUGGCAAGGAUACAACCAUUCACAGUAGAAUUAAAAGAACUGCAACUUUCAUAUGGCUUGAAUCGUGUCUUUGACCAAAUACCGCACCUUAAACAUGGAAAUGAUGGACUGAUAUUCACCCCUGUAAAACCUCCCUAUGUCUGUGGGACGUGCGAGAAUAUAUUAAAAUGGAAACCGUCUAAUAAAAAUACAGUUGAUUUCAAAAUACAAGUAAAUUGGAAUAAAGAUAGGAAACCAGGUUACCGAUUGAUGAUAUCUGAUUCAGGCAUACAUAAAGCUGAGGAUCAUUUGACACUCGAUUCAGAAUUGGCUGAGAAAUGGAAAAUGGACCCUCCAAAUGGUCGCAUAGCCGAGUUCUGGUGGGAUCCUGACUGGACGACAGUUAUCGUUGAUGAAGGCUACGCACCUCUUAAGCGCGCCGGGGGAUGGAGAUUUUUAAGAUUUCGCGAUGAUAAAGACACAGCUAACGACAAAACGGUUUUGAAGAAAAUAUGGAACAGUAUUAGCGAUGGUGUUACGCGAGAGAUGCUCCAGAGGAACUGCGAGAACAUAAGAUGUAAAUGGAAAGAACGGGAUCGGCUGCUGAAACAAACACCAAAACUUAGUAUCUCUCAUUCCACAGUCAACACAUCAUAUGGAACAAUGUCAUCUACUGGAAGUCGUCCUCAAGAUAUCGUCCAACCACCAACACCAUCUAUCGCUCAAUCAACGCAAUCUCCAUUUCUUAUUUCCCCACCUGCACUAGGCAGCCAUUCUCGCGAGUCAACUUACUUCGAUCGAGCACCGUCAUUAUUAAAAGACCAUUCUACUGAAGCUCGACGACGAAGAGAAUCCUGGAGUGAUAAUCGAUUAUCUAUGGAUACGCGAGAAGUCAAAAGGCGAAGGGAAAGCACAGGUGAUUUCCGUAGAGAUGAAUACGCAAAAGAUUGGGCGAAGGAUUCGGAAAGACGGCUGUCGAGUGGUGAUGGCGAUAGCAUCUCUGAAAUCCCAGAAAAGACAGAGGCAAGAGAAAAACCAACUUCAUUAAUGCUGUCAAAAUUAGUAAAAGAAGAAAAUUCAUCUAUGCUCUUACCGCACGAUGUAUUUUCACCUACACGAGACCAUUAUCAACACGCACGAGUUGAUUUCAAAGACCAACUUAAAGAAGAGAGGAGCAAGCAUCCUCAAGACCACGGAAGUCCCGUGGUUAGGGCCGAGCUUAAUCCUAGAUAUAAUUCACAAGUAUCGGGCCGAGAAGCGCAGAGACAAUCCCCACCCGCGCAAGCACAAAGUCAGCAUUCGCAUCCGACCUCACCUGCGCAAUCACAAACGCAGUACUCGCGUCCAACCUCACCCGAGCAGUCGCAAAUGCAGCACUCGCAUCCGACUUCACCCCUUAAAUCACAAAUUCAACGUUCGCAGCCAACAUCACCAGUCAAGUCACCAGUCAAAUCACCAGUCAAAUCACCAGUCAAAUCACAAAUUCAACAUUCGCAUCCAACCUCUCCAGCACAAUCGCAAAUUCAACAUUCUGACCCAACCUCUCCAGCAUCACAAAUUUUACGUUCUCAUCCAACCUCUCCAGAACAAUCACUAGUUCAACAUUCUCAUCCAACCUCACCUGCGCAAUCACAAACGCAACACUCGCAUCCAACCUCCCCCGCCAAAUCACAAAUUCAACAUUCGCGUCCAACAUCACCUGCCAAAUCGAGUCCAACGUCACCUGUGCAGUCACAAAUACAGCGCUCGCGCCCAACGUCACCUGCGCAGUCGCAAACGCAACACUCGCGUUCAACUUCACCCGCACCAUUAACCGAGCGACCUUCCCAUUCUCGCCGUUCGACGAUAGAGUCAAUUUUGCUACAUCCCGAAUCGCUACCCAAUGAAUCUGAAAAGGCUAUCCAAGCUGAUUCCGGGAAAUUUCCUGUUGGUCGAGGUGAAGGAUGUAAUGUUAUGGGCGCUCCAACACCUAUAUCUGUUCUUCGAUCACCUAUAGUUGCGUCUCCAACGCCGCUUUCGUAUGAACAGCGAAUGCCGCAACUUUAUGCACGUCCGAACGAACAUGAAGAUUAUCUUCGCUCGGGUACACAUAUUUUUGUUAACUACGAGAACAAUAACGGUCAAAAUCAAGUGCGUGAUGUAAAUUCGAGUGCUAUGAGAAGAAGUUUAAGCGGUAGUGCAACUGCAGGACCACUGGCAAGCAUGAGCUCGAGCUCAAGCGCAGUUUCGACUUCACCUCCUGUUAUUCUUCCAUUCUCUCAAUCCUCCGAUUAUCAAACUACCCAUACCGAUUCUAACUCUCAACAAGCGUCGAGUAGUACGCAUAAUCGGCCUUUCGUGGCAAAGAGAAGGUCUAAGGCAACGUUGGAUUUUAUUCUCAAUGAUCCGGAAGAGAGUGAAUACAAGAAGUCGAGGGUUUAG